UCUCUGUUUCGUUUCUCUCUCUCUCUCUCUCUCUCUCUCUCUCUGUCUCUAAUUUCCGAAAAGAGAAAUCUAAUUUUUCCAUUUUCAAAAUAAAUUAACUCAUAUAGCGUGAGAUAGAGAGUGAGCAGAGAAGAAGAAAGUAACUGAACCAGGAUAAACUAAUGGACGAUUACACAAGAGAAAUGAUGGACCUGAAGACUCUUGUCACUCGAACCCUUGAGAAAAAAGGUGUUCUCGCUAAGAUCCGGGCUGAACUCAGGGCAAGUGUGUUUGAGGCGAUUGAAGAGGAGGAUAGGGUAAUCGAAAAAGAUGAAGGCUUACCACCUGCGUUGUUGGGUAGUUGCAAUGAACGUGCUAAACAACUUCAUGCUUCUCCUUCAGGGAGGUUACUAACUGCACUCAUAUGUGAAUAUUUGGAUUGGGCACAACUGAAUCAUACACUUAAAGUUUAUCUGCCAGAGUGCAAUUUGCAAAAGGAUUCUUGGAAAACUGAGUUGAAGGAGUUCAGUAGCAAGAAUGGAUAUGAUCCUAAUAGAAAUGGUGACAGUGGUCCUUUGCUUUUGGAUGUUCUUGAAGGAUUCUUGAAGUUUGAGAAUUUAUCCCAGGGUAGAGGUACUGGAAGGAGAGUAUCAGAAGCUGAGUCCUUAUCUAAUUUAGACUCGAGAAAUGUUAGGAGACCUUCUUCCUCAUCUGUUGCUGGUGGUCUACCACCUUUAGGAAGGCCUGCCUCUUCUCAGACAUCUGACAGGAGAGCAGGAUCUUCCAUGUCUGGUUACAGGAAAGAUGAAUACAAUUGGAGAUAUGAUAGUGAUGAACUUCCGGAGGAAGUGAUGCGAGCUUCAACUGCACUGGAAAACCUUCAACUGGACAGGAAAGCUCGCAAUCUAACUACAUCUUGGCGACAUGCUGGAGAUGGAAUCAGCGAUGAUGAUGGCAGGGUUGACCAUAUGUAGCUGAUUCAAAUCCUUUGUGACACUGCGCUUGUAGUUUAGUGUGUAUUAUUUCGUUUUUAAUCCAUCAAAUGUUUUUAUCAUCAGGAAAGCGGGUAGCAAGUUUAUGCAAGUCUUCUUUUUCUUUUCUUUUUCUUUUACCUUUUAUUCCCCUGAAAUAUAUUGUGAGGUGAUUUUAGUAUUUGUAUGAGCUUCUUUCCUUGAUAUUUAUCUCAUUUUACAGAAUCCAUUUUAAUAUUUCAAUUGGUAUUGCCAUUAGUUUUUC